CCAGCUCCCUGGGGCCGCCGGGGCUGGAAACCCUUCCAGGCUGUUCUCCGUGGGACAUUCCUGUUCUUCCUCAAGGCCGGGAGUGGGGCCCGGGGGAUCUCCCGACGCCCCUCGGAGCCGGGAUCCCCCGGGGCUCCCCCGGAGGAAGGUGGGGGGAUUGAGGAGCCCCUGGGGGUCCACCAUGCCCUGGCUGAGAGGGCCCCCAAAUACACCAAACGGCCCCACGUGUUCCGGCUGCAAACGGCCGAGCGGAGGCUGUUCCUGUUCCAGGCGCCCACCUCCGAGGAGAUGCUGUCCUGGAUUUCCCGGAUCAAUCUCGUGGCCGCCCUGUUCUCCUCCCCUCCGUUCCCGGCGGCCGUGGGGUCCCAGCGACGCUUCGUGAGGCCCAUCCUGCCCACGGCGCCCAGCAGGAGCCCCCCGGAGGAGCAGCUGCGAUGCCACGAGCAGUGGCUGGAGCGGGUGGGGCAGGAGCUCCUGGAGCACCAGAGGCACCUCCCCGAGGGCCGAGGCCGAGCCCGGGACCUGGACGAGUAUCGAGUCAAGAAGGAAUUCCUGCUGGAGGAGCGCCGGCGCUAUGAGACCUACGUGCAGGUGCUGGAGACGUGGCUGAACUCGGGCGCCCGGGACCUGGAGGGGUGGGAGGCGCAGGCAGGGUGGGCCCCCCCGGACCCCCCUACCCUGACCAAGGCCCACUCGAGCCCCUCGCUGGCUCCUGAGCACCCCCCAGGCCCCACCGUCCGUGUCCGGAGGAACAUCUCAGAGCGAAGGACCGUGAGGAAAAUCGUCCCCAAGCGCAACAAAAACCUGCUGUGACCCCCCCAGUUUGAGCCACCCUGGGGGGGAUUCAGGAUGGGGAAACUCAGGGAAAACACCCCUUUCCCUCUCCCAGAAAGAGAGCUGGGGGGGCUGUAACCCCCACCAGGACCCCCAGCCCCACCCCCCCACCCCGCGCCCGCUGCCUGCUGCUCUCUGUGUGCAAUAAAGGUGUGUCCCACCACUGGCA